AUGGCCAACCCCGUGGAGCCUCAGUUUCCCCUGGCGCAGGAGCCAGGCACCACCUCACCCCUGGACCUGCCGGAGAUGGAGAAGCUCCUCACCAAGGCAGAGGAUGAGAAUGACAAGACCCUGAAGCUGUCCAAAUCCCUCUCGGGAGCCCUGGACCUAGGGCAGAAUGGCCACAGCCUACCCUUCAAGGUGAUCUCUGAGCGGCACUUGGAGUCCUCUCUCCCCAAGUCGCCCUCCCGGGCCAGCUCAAGGCGGGCAUCCUCUAUCGCCACUGCCUCCUAUACCCAGGACCGUGAGGUCCCCAAAGAUUACCUCAUCCUUGCUAUCGCCUCUUGCUUCUGCCCUGUCUGGCCCCUCAACCUCAUCCCGCUCAUCUUUUCUAUCAUGUCACGAGGAAGCGUGCAACAGGGGGAUCUGGAUGGCGCCCGGAGGCUGGGCCGCCUCGCCCGGCUGCUCAGCAUCACCUUCAUCAUCCUGGGGAUUGUCAUCAUCAUUGUGGCUGUGACUGUCAACUUCACAGUUCAGAAGAAAUAA